UCACUUGACCCGAAGUCAUAUGACAUUCAGCAGAGUAUACGCAGUAGGGAAUUUUCAUCACUGAUUCUGCUGACUCCUCUUGCUAAAAAAUCGGGAAAAAAGCGUUCCGGCCGAACAACGAUUAAUUUUCUUCGGAACACAAAUCUCGGACACUGCAGAACAGAAUGUCGGAAGUUCAGGAUCUUAUGUCAUCCCUGCCGGAUGAUAAAAUCGAUAUGAUUGCUGCUACAAGCGUUUUGCAGCAGCAGGCAGGAGACAUACGACAGAAUAAGCCCAACUGGUCAUCUUACAUGCAGUCGAUGAUGAUAUCUCAAGAGGAUUUCGCUUGUGUGAGCAGCUUGGAUAAGGACAAGAAAUCACAGGCCCAGUAUCUGCAGGAAAACCCAAGUCAAUGUGCCAAGACGUUCCUGAAUCUGCUUGCCCAUGUAUCCAAGGAUCAAACCAUUCAGUACAUCCUGGUGAUGAUUGACGAUCUGCUGCAGGAGGACCGCACGAGGGUACAGGUUUUUCACGAUUAUGCCAUCAAACGUAAGGAGAGCGUUUGGGCGCCGUUCCUGAAUCUGCUAAAUCGGCAGGAUGGGUUCAUUGUAAACAUGGCAUCCCGAGUCGUGGGAAAACUCGCUUGCUGGGGUCAGGAACUGAUGCCGAAGUCGGAUCUACACUUCUAUCUGCAGUGGCUAAAGGAUCAGUUGACGGUCGCUGCUCAAAAGCUGUUGAAAGAAAUGGAAGCAGCGGAAAAGAAACGUGCUGAAGAAGCAGCCGCCCUCCACCAUGGACACGGACAUCACGCUCAUCAUGGCGGAGUCAGUGGUGGUGAUCACCAUCAUCAUCACCACCAUCAUCAUCAUCAGCAGAUCACGGAAAAAUAUCGUGAGAUAUCGAGUGUCAUUGAUGAGCCCCGCCAACGCGUGGAAGGCGAAUCGCUUCACGUCUCCCUAACGAACAACGAAUAUAUCCAAUCGGUGGGUCGCUGCUUGCAGAUGAUGUUGCGUGUUGAUGAGUACCGUUUCGCAUUCGUCACAGUCGACGGCAUCAGUACACUGAUCAGUAUUCUGUCCUCGCGCGUAAAUUUCCAGGUUCAAUACCAGUUGGUGUUCUGUCUGUGGGUUCUAACGUUCAACCCACUGCUGGCGGAAAAGAUGAACAAGUUUAACGUUAUUCCCAUUCUGGCUGACAUUUUGAGCGACAGUGCCAAGGAGAAGGUCACCCGUAUAAUACUAGCCGUGUUCCGCAACAUGAUCGAGAAGCCGGAAGAUCUACAGGUUGCCAAGGAGCACUGCAUUGCCAUGGUACAGUGCAAGGUAAUGAAGCAACUGCAGAUUUUGGAACAGCGUCGCUUCGAUGACGAGGACAUUGCUGCGGAUUUGGAAUUUCUGAUCGAGAAACUGCAGAACUCCGUACAGGACCUGAGCUCGUUCGAUGAGUAUUCUACGGAAAUUAAGAGCGCUCGGCUCGAGUGGUCCCCGGUGCACAAGUCGGCCAAGUUCUGGAGAGAAAAUGCCCAACGUUUGAAUGAGAAAAAUUAUGAACUAUUACGUAUAUUGGUCCACUUAUUGGAAACCUCAAAGGAUCCUCUGGUACUGUCCGUUGCUAGUUACGACAUUGGCGAGUAUGUGCGUCACUUUCCAAGAGGAAAACAUGUCAUUGAGCAACUGGGAGGAAAACAAUUGGUCAUGCAGCUACUAGCCCACGAAGACCCGAACGUACGCUACGAGGCCCUGUUGGCCGUCCAGAAACUUAUGGUUCACAACUGGGAAUAUCUUGGCAAACAACUGGAGAAGGAUAACGAAAAAGCUCCUCCUACUGGAGCUACAAUCAGCGGAAAGGCAUAAUUUGUUGUUCAGCUUUGUUUUUUCUCUUGUUAUUAAUUUUUAAAAUUGUAAUGAAGGUUCAAUCAAGUAUCGGCUGGUACUACAUUUUCGAUAAUGUCGAUGUGUGCAAUUUCCAAACCAUCGUUGAACUUGCAAUACAUAAUAACGUAGAUAACCGCUGAGAAUAUCCGGACCAAAUUAUGGUUGCACUAUUUGCGUUUUAAUAAUGAUGUAUUAUUGAUCAAACCGUGUUUAGAUAUAAGAAUAAAUAUAGUGUUAAACUUAGAACUGGUGGAGAGUGCUGUAUGCGUUUUCGCCAAGUCAUAAGAAGCAGCAUUGAAAGUGCAUAAAUGUAAAAUAUGUAUUUUAGGAAAUAAAUUACAAUUCUGUUAUGAAGCCUAA